GCCUUCCCUCGCAUCGUUGGUCUUCCUUCCCUCUCUUUUCUCAAACCGUUUCGGGCGUCUUUCUGAACGAAACGAAGGCGAUACGAAAUUAGACUGUAGCAGUUGUUGGAAUGAGGCGGCGGUGAGAAAGGAAGAGGAGCUCGGUGGUUAGGUUUGCUUGUUCCGUCCUCUGUUUCAUUCCCUUGAUGUGGAACUGCGAUUUGGAGUUGCGAUGCCUCUGGCGGAGGCCCCGUUGAGGCGGAGGCCCCGUUGCGGCGGCGGCGGCGGGGAAGGAGUGAGAUGGGAUGCAAUAGCUCGAAGGUGGAAAAGUCGGAUCUGGUGUUUCUGUGCCGGGAGCGGAGGGAUUUGAUUGCCGCAGCGGUGGACCGACGGUACGACCUCGCCGCCGCACACGCCGCCUACUUCGACGCCCUCUCGUCGGUAGGGGACGCCCUCCAUCGAUUCGUACAAGAGGGGCUCACGGUGGCGUCCUCCUCCUUGCCUCCGGAUUCUCCACUCCUCACCGUACCCUCGCCGGUCGUCAAAGGCAAAAUAAAGUCUUCCAGCGUGCGCCGUGGCCCUCCCGCGGCUGCUGUUUCCUCUUACGCGACGACGCUCACUCACGCCCUCUCUCCGGAUGGAUCCCACUUGCCGUUGUCGUCCGUUGCGGAUUCGCAGGCGGAUCAUGACCGAAUAAGCGAACCCGACGGAGGCGGUGGCGACCAUGGAAAGGAUGAAUCCUCUACACCACAUCAGCAUAUCUCCUCUUCAAGCCCUAACUCCUCAUUCCUAAAAUCGUCCGUGGAAAUGCCCCAAACAAUCUACCAGGAACCAUUUCCCCAACCUCGGUCAGAUUCUCUCAACAAUGGCUAUGAAUAUGGCUAUUUUUAUCCUCCUUAUGGCGUUACAGUGGCACCAGGGACUCCAGCUGCAGAUGAAAAAUCUGGUCCUUCCGCUCCCAUGGUGGCUCCUCCUACUCCCCCUCCGCCCUCGCCAGCCAAAACCUCUGGCUGGGAGUUCUUAGAUCCUUUUGCUAGUUAUGAGCAUUUCUUGCCUAAUUACUCUCUGGGUAAGCUUCACACUGGUUUCUUCACGAGUAGUCCUGAUUUGGGUGAAGUAAGAAAGCAAGAGGGAAUCCCUGAUCUUGAGUUUGAAUUGGAUGCUGAGCCAAAGAAGAGAGUGAUGAAAGAGAAUACAGAGCUAAAGAAGAACGCAAUUGACAAAGGUUUAGGAGUCAAAGAAUCUAGCGCUGGAAAGAUGGAAGCUGUGUCUGCAAAGAAUGCAAAAACGAAGGAUGAGAAGACGGAUGCUAUCUGGUUAGCAGAAAAAGGGAGAAUGAAUAGUGGGGCAUUCAAUAAUGGCAAAAAUGGUGAAGCGAAAGACCGGAAAAAGGGCAUGGAGGCAUUUGAUAAAAAAUCCUAUGCAUCAGAGGAAAGUGAGCCAAGCUGUGGGAAAUCAUUGAUUUCUUCAAGUAGUGAGCAAUCAUUUUUCCUUCACUCCACAAGGGAUUUAAUAGAUGUUGUAAAGGAGAUAAGGGAGCAUUUCAAUUCUGCUGCUGAUUGUGGUGAAGAGGUAUCAAGGAUGCUUGAGGCGGAUAAGUUUCCUUACCAUUCACGAAGUGGAAGGUUUGGAGAUAUUUCAUUCAGAAUUUUGGAUCAGACAGCUGUUCCUUUUUUGACAUCUUCACUUUCUUUUAAGCCACCGCAAGAUGCAAAUACUAGUACAAUGAAGGGAAAAACAGGGAAAAACAAUCUUGCUGAUGAUGUUAUCAUGAAUUCAAGGAACCUUUCAUCUACUCUCGAGAAGCUAUAUCUAUUGGAAGAAAAACUUUAUAAGGAAAUAAAGGAGGAAGAAAAACUUCGAAUCAUCUAUGAAAAGAGAUACAAACAACUAAAAGCUUUGAGUGAUAGUGGAGCAGACUCCUCUAAGAUUGAAAUGACUCAAAUUUCAGUAAGAAAACUGGAGACAGAAAUCAGUGUCAUUGUUAGAUCUAUCAAUUCCAUUUCAAACAGAAUGCACAAGAUCAGAGAUGAAGAACUGCAACCUCUACUUACUGAAUUAGUGCGAGGACUUUUAAGAAUGUGGCAGAGUGUUCUGAAUUGCCAUCAGAAGCAGCUGAAGGUUAUAGUUAAUAGCAAAAUCCACAAGCUGGUGUCAAGAACUGGAAGUCAACGAGAAUCAGUUUCCAAAGCCACUAAGGAAUUGCAGUUGGAGCUGAUAAACUGGUACCAAUGCUUCAUUGAUUGGAUUUUCGUACAGAAAUCAUAUAUUGAUGCCUUGAAUGGGUGGUUAAUUAGCUGGUUGCCUCAAGAAGUCGAGCAGACAUCUGAUGGAGUUGCUCCUUUCUCUCCUAGUAGGAUUGGAGCUCCAUCUGUGUUUGUCCUCUCGAAUGAUUGGUACCAUGCAAACAAACAUAUUUCAGGAAAACAAGUCAUUGAAGCUAUGGAUACUUUUAUUAGGAUUCUUCACAAUCUUUUGCGGACUCAAAAAGAGGAAGAACAUCAUAGACUCGAAGCAGAGUAUCUGUCUCAAGUUUAUGAUAAAAAUUUAGUUAAUUUCAUGGAGAAAGGCACAGCGGGGCAUCUGGAGAUUGAAUCUGUAAGUGAGAACGGUCUGCCACACCGUGAUGAUGGCAUAGUCAAAUUGAACUUUCUGAGAAAGAGAUUGGAUGAGAAGAUUCAUAAACAUAAGGAGAGUUUAAAUCAAAUUAAAAAGGUUUCUUCCAGUACUUUGCAAAGUGGAUUGACUCCAUUAUUCGAAGCACUAGGGAGCUUUACUUCAGAUAUAUUAAGAGAGUAUGAUAGUGUUAGAAUUCCAACUGAAGGUGGAGAAAUGCAGGACAAGUGUAAAAGCCGUUUUAGUUAAAUGAAUUUAUUGCCUUGGAUGGGUUUUAUUGAAGGUGAUGUUUCACGAUUGGCCUUGCUUCUUCGGGAAGAGACUGACUGAACUGUUCUUCGUUAGAAACAUUUGAGAAAAUGGGACGUUAAGACAUAAUAGACAAGCAUAAUGGCUGAGCAGAACAUUAACAGAUCUAGUAGUUCACAAAUGUAAUUACAGUUCAGGUGGUGUGACAUACACCAAAGUUCUUUGUUCACUCAAAGAUUAAUGCCCUAUGGGACAAAGCUGUUUCAAUGGCAUAAAUUUUUUCUUUUUAAAUGUUUGCCAUUCUAGGUUGCAGAUGUUUAAUGUUUUGGGAAUAUUCUUAUUAUUUGAGUGUUUGAUCGUGCAAAAGCACGAAUCAUUAUCAUA